UCAAAAAAAAUAAAAUAAAAAAAGUCCGUCUUAAUCGCUUAUUUAAAACCGUCACAAACCGUUAUCAACCUUUACCACAAAAAAACUCAAAAGUCAAAACCCACAGCGUUGUCGUAAUCGUUCCUCUUUGACCAUACCCUAAUUCUCUGUUUCCUUUUAAACAUUAAUUUCGUAACAUUCCAUACAAAUUCAUUUCCCGAUUUGAGAAUUAAAAACGAAAUUAAUUAAUGGGUGGCUGUUUGUCUAAUUCUGAAUCCACCGAUAUUCGGAAUCCCUCCUCCGCCAAUUGCAAUUGCAAUGUCGUUUCCCCCUCCGGAGAAUUGCUCCGCUACCCUCUCCCUGCCACCGUCGCAAAGGUUCUUCAAUCUCAGUCCUCACCGGAUUCCGUAUUUCUCUGCAAUUCCGACCGAUUGUAUUUCGACGAUUUCAUACCGUCUCUCGACCUUCACGAAGACCUCGAGCCGGCGCAGAUCUACUUUAUCCUCCCUACCUCCAAGCUUCAGUACCGGCUCGCCGCCUCCGACAUGGCCGCCUUGGCCGUCAAGGCCAGCCUCGCCUUCGAGCAGAUCAACGGCUCCGAUCGCCGCAGCAAGAGGAAAAAUCGGAUCUCCCCUGUUUUCGUGUCAGCGUCGUCGGAGGAGGAUCCGCAAUCGAAUCGCACGUUCAAUCCGAUUAAAAGCUCCGGCGACCUUCACCGACCGGCCGGGCUGGGAAUUACGAGAUCCGGUUCGGUGAGGAAAUUAACAAAGUACUCUUCGAGGCGAGCUAAAUUGGCGGUUCGAUCAUUCAGGCUUAAGCUUAACACAAUUUAUGAAGGAUCUGUGCUGCUCUUAACUUAAUUAAUUAAACCAAGAUUGUUUAAUUUAUUCUUUCUUUGUUACUUAAUUGUUUUUUAAAUGAGAUUUUGUUAGAUGAAGAAAUUCUGCAUGUAAUUAAAAACCUCAUUAAUCAAUAGAUAAUUUUUGUAUGCG